GAGAGAAACCUUCCCUUAGUGUAACCUCACAUCAAGCUUUCAUUAGAUCCCAACGUUUAAAUUGUUUAACGGAAAAAUAAUGUGUUAACAGGUGUCUCAACUAUCCUCAAAUGUCAUUUUCUGCACGAAAAGCUCGGAAAAUGAUAUUAAAACAUAGCUGAUGUGUGGUAAAAAUUGUUCAACAAAGCUGUAGAAAAGAAUGGAGAAGAGUGAUAAAUUGGAUUGCAAAUAUGGAGCGAAUUGUUACCAGAAAAACCCACAGCAUCAUCAAAAAUACAAACAUCCUGAGAGGCACGAUGAGACGGAUAGUUCUCCAAAGAGAGCCAGGACUGACGGAGAGGGACUUGAGUGCAGACAUGACACCUCUAAAGAGAUAGAAGAUAGAAUAGAGAUAGAAAAGCUCCCGUCAGAUCCUAAAGAGAAGAUAAAGUCCCUUUUCCUUCUCGAUAUGCCCCAGGACUUUUUUGAUUUCUUCGAGUUCUGCAGAACGCUGUCUACCAAGCCGAAGAAGGCGUUAGCGGCUGUCGGCUUGCAUCUAGUUGGGCCUUUUGACGUCCUGGACGGUGAGCUUAAAGAUUGUACGAAAGAAGAAGCACUCAGACACUACCGUUAUUUCUACGACCCACCUGAGUUUCAGACGGUGUUGAAAGGCCUUGACAAAACCGGAGAACACUAUGGGUAUUACAGGGAUGACCCGCAAGAACCGCCUUGCUUUGUCGGGUACAAUGAAGCUGAAAAAGGCUGUACCAUAACUAUCGUAGCAGAGAAUCUCUUUGGAGCUUUGAACUACCACUUGGAAAAAAUCAAAAAAACAGCAGACCCUUUUAAAAAGAUGCAGAUCCAAAAGAUACAAACUUCAUUGUCUAAAAAGGCUAAAACUGAUCAAAUUAAAUUGGAAGAAGUGACACCUGAGAUAAGAAAAAGAAGAAGUCACAUCGUCACAAAAACCUUCCACGGCGCGGGCAUAGUAGUGCCUUAUGACAAAAAGACCCAACUUGGUUAUAGAGAACUAGCAAUGAAUGAUAAAGACUUGAAGAAAGUCCUGAAAACCCUCUGCAAUGCUGAUUCCGAAUCAGAGAGGACGUCCGGAUGGAGCCAGUUGCAGCCCGUCAUCACAUUUUCAAACAUCGCCUGUGACGAGUAUGAUUUUGGGACCAGUUUGGAACUUGGCAUCAACCUCUUCUGCCAAGGCGCAGAAAUCCUGCAUAAAACAGCGAUUCAACAGCUGACUACAGCUUAUGCACUUUUAAACAGGCGAGAGUUUAUAGACAUUAUCAAAGCACACCUCGCUCAUAGGACAAAAAAUUUAUCAGAACUCAAUACAAUUGCUUUAUGAUUUUUUUAGUAUAUCUAUUAAUCCUGUUAAUGUUUUAAGAAAUAAUUUGUUAAUUUAUGAAAGGCAGUGUGAAAGGUUUAUGCAAAUCCUUGGUUUAUUUCCACAAAUGGGCCGAGCGCUCACAUAAUCAUUUGCCUAACAAAUCUAUUAAUGAUUUUUUACAGAAAAAAUUUGAGAUUCUUCUUAAUCCAUUUCUUUAUUUAUUUAUUUUCAGUUUCA